AUGGCGACAAAACCACCACCAGGAAUACUCCCUCAGAAUAAGCAGACCCAAAAUCCGACAGCAAUCGAACAAGAAAAGCGAAUCGAAGAGGUUUUAUCAUACCCAAUUUUGUUGUCGGAUAGGGUUGAUGAAGCUGUAAAAGAGGCGGAAUCGUUCAAGUUAGAGUGCUUGGAGGUGGGCAAGAAAGUAGGUAAUCUUUGCCAGAUGCUACGCGCCGCCGUGCGUCUUUCCACCUCCACGACCGCUGGUGUUUCCUUCUACGACCGCCCCCUUCGUAGAAUCGCCGCCGAGGUAUCGAAACAUAUUGAAAAGUCACUGGCCCUUCUCAAGAAGUGCAAGCGGCGGAGCGUGCUCCGCCGUGUGGUUACCAUAGUCUCCGCCGCCGAUUUUCGCAAGCUGCUCGGCCACCUCGAUUCCUCAGUGGCUGAUAUGAAAUGGGUUCUCAGCAUCUUCGAAUCUGGCGCCGGCGGAGGUAUUGUUCUUAGUUUACCCCCCAUUGCGAGUAAUGACCCCAUUAUUUCUUGGGUUUGGUCUUUUAUUGCUUCAUUACACAUGGGUCAAUUGCAAGAUAAAAUUGAGGCUGCAAAUGAAUUAGCUUCAUUAGCUAAAGAUAAUGAUAGAAAUAAGCAAAUUAUAGUUGAAGAAAGUGGAAUUUCUCCUUUAUUGAAGCUCUUAAGGGAUAAUUCUUCCCCAGAUGCUCAAAUUGCAGCAGCCGCUGCCCUUUAUAAUUUAGCGAACGAUAAUGAAAGAGUGUCAUCGAUAAUUGAUGAAUUGGGGGUUCCAAUUAUUGUUCAGGUUUUAGGGGAUUCGCCAAUGAGGGUUCAAAUAAGUGUUGCGAAUUUGGUGGCUACAAUGGCAGAGCAUUGUCCAAUGGCACAAGAGGAUUUUGCAAGGGAGAAUGUGAUUAGGCCGCUUGUUACGUUGUUAUCAUUUGAUAUAUUCAUGGAGGAUCUGAAGAUUAGAGUAGGGAAACAGAGUAUUCAUUCCAUUGUGCAAAUUAACAAGGAGAUGGAGAAGAGUUUGAUUAGGCCGGGAUUUGGUUCGUCUUUGUCAAUGCAUUAUUCCGAGGGGAGUACCAAGGGAGGGAAUCACAGGAAGGAAAGGGAAAACGAGAAGCCAGAGGUGAAGCAAAAGUUGAAGAUUAAUUGUGCUGAGGCAUUGUGGAUGCUGGCUAGAGGGAGUGUACCGAAUAGUAGGAGGAUUACAGAGACAAAAGGGUUACUUUGUUUGGCUAAGCUUGUUGAAACCGAACAGGGGGAAUUGCAGUAUAAUUGCUUGAUGACAAUAAUGGAAAUAACGGCUGCUGCAGAAUCUAAUGCUGACCUUAGACAGGCGGCUUUCAAGACAAAUUCUCCAGCUGCUAAGUCAGUUGUGGAUCAGCUACUAAGGGUUAUUAAAGAGUCUGAUACCCCAAGGUUGAAAAUUUCAGCCAUAAGGGCAAUAGGUUCUUUGUCUAGAACAUUCCCAGCCCGGGAGACGAGGGUCAUUGGUCCCUUAGUCAAGCAACUUAGUCACAGUAAUCAGGACGUGGCUACAGAAGCUGCUAUUUCACUAGGGAAGUUUGCUUGUCCAGAUAAUUUUUUAUGCAUAGAGCAUUCCAAGACAAUUAUCGAGUUCAAAGGUGUUCCGCCUGUAAUGAGACUACUAAGGGACAAUGAACGGGCAACGUUGCAUGGAUUGAUUCUUAUCUGUUACCUAGCAAUAAAUGCUGGAAAGAGCGAGGAUUUGGAACGAGCUGGAAUUUUGCCGGCUUUUGAGGGGAUAGACCGUGCAUUUAUCGCUCAACAUCCCGAACUGAAAGAACUGAUUCCGCAGGCAAUCUACCAUCUAAGCGUGUUUCACCAGGCACACACUCAUUCGGGUUUGCUCACCCAAAUGCAGUUUUAA